UUUUGUCACAAGUUUCCCCUAUCACUUUUGGUCACGGAUUCUUGAAUCUUAACUUCCUCUCGGGUUGUUUCGUUAUGUAAGGUCGUGUAUGUAAUGUAAAGGGAGAGGGUGGUUCGCUUUCGUUUCUCCGCGGGUUUUUCCUUCCUCCAAGCGAUAACAGCAGCCGGCGGUCGGUUUCUGUUUCCCCGUUCGCGAAUGGGCCGGGGCCGGGGCGGUUUCUUAAGCCACUCCAGGUUUCGUUUCUCCUCAUGCUGCCCGGCAGCGCCGCUGGAUCUCUCCGGCUGCUACGAUUAACCAUGGAUAAGCUGCUCUCUGCGAACCGAGCGGGCUGGCUCGAGCGCUCCUUCGUAGCCGAAUCGUCAAGGGCGGAGGUGGCCUAUUUCUCCCUCAGCGGCGCCGACGGGCAGCCAGGCAACCCCGCGAGGCCCCGGUGUUUCCUGCCUCCUCCGGGCAGAUGCUAUUCCUUCGGCGUCCCCGUGGCUCCAACCCCGCGGGAGCGCGUCCGAGCUGCCCGGCUGCAAGGGACUUUGCAGCGCCGGCUCGAGCAGGAGGCGCCUUGGGGCGAUCGGGGCCGAGUCCUGCCGCUCCUCUGCUACGGGCGUGGCGGAGCUCUGCUAGAGAAAGGCUUCUUGGUUCAGGACGAGCAGGGCCUGCCAGAGACGCGGGGCUUUUUGGAAGAGCUCUUGGGGGCCCUGCUCCCAGCGCCGGCCCACCUUUGGGUGUACGAGCCAGGCGAGAGCGGCCGGCUCGGCUGCGCCUUGUGGGGCUGUAAAGGGCCAGGAAAGGAGAGCGAGCUGCUGGGCAGGGCUAAUGUGGUGGCCGCGGAAAAACCGCAGUCCCACCCUGCCGUGCCUCACCUUCUGGGCAACGCCGUGUUCAGGUCUCGGGAAGCUGCCCGACAAGUGCUGGAAGAAUGCACUUCAAUAAUUCCUGAAUCCAGACUGAUUCUAGAACUAGUGGAUAAGUGUCCUAAACAUCCAAAGAAAGGAAAUUUUCCUGUAAUCGUUAUUGAAGGGCUAGAUGGAACAGGUAAGAAAAUAUUACACACACACACCCAUAAGCUUUCUUUGGACAGAUACUGGCACAGCACUGCAGCAUACGCAAUUGCAACUGAAAUAACAGGGAAUGUGCAAAAUCUUCCUCCACCUCAUCACCUGGUGUAUCACUGGCCUGAUGAUCUUCUGAGUCCAGACAUUGUCCUGCUCCUGACUGUUAGCCCUGAAGAAAGAGUCCGGAGGCUACAGGGACGUGGGAUUGAGAAAACAAGAGAAGAGGUUGAUUUGGAAGCGAAUGAUGUCUUCCGUCAAAAAGUUGAAGAGUCUUACAGAAGAAUGGAAAAUCCAACAUGUCAUAUCCUUGAUGCCAAUCCUCCUAAAGAAGGUGUUGCCAAAGCUGCUCUACAUUUGAUUAAAAAUCACUGUCAUUUCCUAUAGCUGUUUGUGUAUAUACACUAUUGUCAAUAACUGUCGGAAUGAAAAAUUCCCAAGGAAAACGGAUGUUAAUAUUUUCUGAACAAGUGAGAAGCAUAAGGCAUGCAAGACAAUAAAUAGUCUUUUAUAUGGAAAAGCUAAUAUUUAAAAUAUGUAAUCAUACUGAAAUGUACUACUGCGACAGGAAUGCAAAAUAUGUACAUGAUACAAACUUUGAUUGUAUUGGCACUAAAUUUGUGUAGAUUUUCCAAAAUAUUCUCCUUUUCUGAAUUAACUUAGUGACAGUAUCACAUAGACAGAUUAUAGUAAGUCUUUAAUGAGGUGGGCUUAUCAAAAGGUAGAAUAAUUAAGGACUUAAACAUGGUCACUGGAGAUAAAAUUCCGAAUUGAAGUGAAAAAUAAAUGGUG